AUGCAGCGUCUAUGGUCCCACGGCGCAGCGCCAACCACCCGCUGCAUUUCGUGCCCCAGCACCACCACGGUGAAGGCAGCGCCUCGAACGGUGACGACGACAAGCACGCGAAGAUUAUGCAUCAAGGACUCACCCACGGCUCGUUAUACUGGUCUCUUGGCUGCAGCGGCUUCAACAGAUGCGCGCGCAAAUGGCAGGCACCGCCUGAGGUGGGAGGAAAGGGUUGCGCCUGUAAAAGGAAAAGAAGCGAAUGUGUUGUUUGAUGAGGAUGGAUGCUUUUUAGAUACCCUGUCACCACUGCGAUCCACAAGUCCUUUUCGAACGGCGCUUCAGACCAGACAACUUCACACGCUACCGCGACCUACAAACCGAGCCAUUCAGUCACCGGUUACACAAAUUCCGUGCAGAUUAUCACAUUUUUCGAGCAAUGUUGGCAUUGGAGAUACAGAAGGAGUGGAUCAGGUUGUUCAAGAGCUGGAAGCCGAAAAGUUAUCUCCGAUAGAGGAGGCAGACGAUGAUUUUGACAUGGCCAUUGAUGUAGAGGAUGCUCCUGAUUGGCUCAAGUCGGAUAUGGUUCGCGCGAAGGCAAUCAAGAAACUCGCAUUGAAACAACUUGCGAUUAGGCUUGUAUUACGCCCAGCGAUUGCACACAGCUAUCUCGGUGUCCUGAAGAAUUAUGAUAACGACGCUUCCGCCCCCCAACUUGACUUGCCGGGUCUUCUAUUCGAGUUAAACGCUACUCGCCGUAGGAUACGGCAGAUCAAAUCCAAUCCAACGGCCAACGUCGAGGAUCUAGCCCGAGGCAUCAAUACUCGUCGGCUAAAAGAGACGAAUCAUCGAAGUAAACAGCUUGAUCAUCGCUUCCGUCAAGAUACAGAUCUGUACAUGAGCAAUGAAAUGCCUCUCGAGGAAUAUCUUUUAAGGCUGUCGAGCAAUCUACUUGAUGUGCAAGAUCCUGAUCAGGCUUAUACUUUUACGAAGAUGAUUAUAGCAUUCACAAAAACCCGACAGAACGACAUCGCCAAACUGGUUAUCAAAACGAUACUUCCUUACAAAUUUCAGCUAAACCAUUCUUUGAUAACAGCAAUUAUUGUCUUCUUUCGCAAGAGUAAAGAUCUGAACGGCUUCGAUCUGUUCUUGAAGAUGUUGGAAGGAAAGGGCUACCCGAUUGAAUUGGGAAGUCUCGGUUACUACAAAUCGAAGGUAGUCAAUGGAAUUGAACUAUCAGUUCCUCCGGUUCACAGCGCAAAUAUUGUUAUCUACGCUGCACUUAUUAGGGCUUGUCUACGUUUCGACCAGCCUGAUCGUGCUGACGCGUACCUUAUGGUAGCGAGAGGCGCCGGCAACUUGGACGAUUUUGCUAUACUCAUGUCGUAUUUGGACUUCUACUCAAUACGCCGUAAUUGGGAAAAGGGACUACCAGUCCUGCAAAGAGCUCUGGCUUUCAUCGCUUCAACGACCGAACACCCGCGGCAAAGGGUAGAGAGACUUAUCAGAAUGAUGGUACAUCUAUGUGAUUCAUGUCGCAUGCUCGAUGCUUCUGAUGCCUUAAUUGAGGCUUCAGUUAAUAGUGGGUUCAGCCCGGAUCUACCUAAUAAACACAAAGACAUUGUCUCCGAAUUCGACCCGGAAUCCCAGAGGUGGUGGGCAAUAGCGGAAACCUCCGUACCGAAAACGAAUCAGACGAACGCAGACCAAUAUCUUGAGUUUGUUAGGACCGUAGGAGCAUACCUUGAUACCUUGCCCAUCCCGGGGGAGGAAAGUACUGCUCAUCGAUUGCAAAAGCUUUCCCGGAUAUAUUCCCGCCGCGUUUUGACCUCGGUGGUCGAGGGGAGACUCGCUGGAACGGCAACAGAACAAGACACGACAGAACAGGACAUCGAUGGUGAUGCGCUCAAGACAAGCCAAUCGGAAAGCCAAAAUGCCUCGACUUCUCUUGAAGGCACGAUGGCUGCCCAACAUCAGAAAAUUGUGACCCUCAGCAGCGAAGUCGCCCAACUGAAAGAGAUGGUGCUACAUCUAUAUCGGCACACGACUGUGCCGAGUACUGGUCCAAGUUCGGAUCCAGAAGAACUGAAUGGGUUGAAGGAGGGAACCGAUACAUCGUCGCCUGCGUCAGGCGAAACCCCCCCACAAGGCGAACGAGUUGGUGGCGUGAGCUCCUAG